GUGGUUGGUCGGGGGGGGGGAAAGUAAGACCAAGGCAGGAGCAUCUUGAGAUACGUCUUCCUUUUUUAGCCUUUUGUGUUAGAAAGUCUCAUAUGUGACGUAUUAAUAAUUGAGAGCAGACGCGGAGCCGCCAUGACUGCCGCCAGCACUGACCCACACGCUCUAUAAGUCAGUGAAAAAGUGCGAAUUGGAGCGGAACUGGACUGUUUUAUCUCCGGGAAUAGACGACGAGGCGGACUGGGACACGAACAACGACUCAAAUCAGAGCAGGUGCGUUAGCGAACUAGGAGAGAAACGAGGGGGGGAAAAAGCCCGGGAAACUCCCCGUCACUUACUUUUUGAAAGUGGACUAAAAGACGACAACUUCUCGGUUUUCACUCCGGUAUGUUGGCGCUUUGCCUGCUGGGCGCCGUGUGGCUGGCGGCGAGCCCCAGCCGCGCUCAGAACGAGACGGAGCCCAUCGUCCUGGAGGGCAAGUGUCUGGUGGUGUGCGACUCCAACCCCACCUCGGACCCCACCGGGACCGCUCUCGGCAUUUCGGUGCGUUCCGGCAGCGCCAAGGUGGCGUUCUCGGCCGUCCGGAACACCAACCACGAACCUUCGGAAAUGAGCAACCGGACAAUGGUCAUCUACUUUGAUCGGGUUCUCGUAAACGUUGGGAAGAAUUUCGAUGAGGAGAGAAGUAAUUUCAUCUCGCCACGAAAAGGGAUUUACAGUUUUAACUUCCACGUAGUUAAAGUCUACAACCGCCAAACAAUACAGGUGAGCCUCAUGCACAACGGCUGGCCGGUGAUUUCGGCUUUCGCCGGCGACCAGGACGUGACCCGCGAGGCGGCCAGCAACGGGGUUCUGAUCCAAAUGGAGAAGGGAGACCGGGCUUACCUCAAACUGGAGAGAGGAAACUUGAUGGGCGGAUGGAAGUACUCCACCUUCUCCGGCUUCCUGGUGUUCCCCAUGUAGAGGCGAGGGCGAGGAGGCUGCCAAUGGGAAGUACAAUGAAGAAAGGGAGCGUUACGGAGGGGAGACAUGUCAGGACAGACCUCUGUUUGGGACGCCGACGGAGGUGGAGACGAGAAGGUGGGAGAUGUGAGCUUCGACGCGUGGCCAUCUUCUUCACUUCCCCUCAUCCUUCCAUCCAUCCAUUCCUAAAUGCAGUUUUGGACAAUUGAAACCUUUUUAUUCUCUUCUUCAUCCUUAAUGUUUCAAAGUGUAACCUAAGUCUCUUACUGUCACCUCAUUCACAGCUUUGAGGAAUGUCUCACAAAUUAACUGUUGUCCUUUUAGUAUUUUGGUGGUGAAGCCAAAACCAAACAAAGCUGCUCAAAAGAUAUCCUCCAUUUUUUGUAUUUAAUUUUUAUUUUUAAAUGUUUAUUUUGUUCCUCAUUGCACUUUUAGAGCAGCUUUGGAUGCCGUGAUGUCCUCCACUAGCAGACAAGUACCACAAAACCAGCACAAUGCAACACUAAUACACUUAAAGCUUUCUGGAAGAAGGUCAUCGACGCAACAAUAACACCAGGACACGCUUCAAAAUUGCAGAGCAUGGGAAAAAAUGUUUUUCGGACACAAUCUUGUUGUUUAUAAAGCUGCAGUUACAUGACCUCUUCCUGCUUCCCUUCCAUCUUUCAUCUCAGCCUCCCCACCUGUACUUUUAUCUGCUGCUGUACUCGUUUGGCCUCUGGGCACGGACUAUUCCUGGCUUUUACUUCAGUGUUGGACUUUGGAACUCUCCGAAAAAACAACAACAAUAUACAUAAGUGAUAUAAUAUAGAGCAAAGCAAGUCACUCUUUCUACUCCACCACUGUAUCACGACGAUGCUAAAUAUAAUACUUUCAACUGAACCUGGCUGAUGACUAUAACGUCUGUAUAUUCUGUAUUUUGGUGUUCUAUGAAAGGAAGAAAAAAAAUAUUCUAAGGGAAUCUUAUAGUGAUUUUAUGUGGAAAAGUGGGCUGCUGUUCUGCUUUGACUUAAAAUGAAAAUAUGAUGCUUUGUGUUUUUGUUUUAGUUCAAACCAAGUUGUGGCUAAAUAUCUCAUACUACUACAUAAUAUCGUAUAUUACCAGCUCUAUUAUUUAUUAUCUUGCCUGUAAAUGACAUGUGAAUACCUAGUCUAUCAAAAAUGGAUUUAUCUGCUGUUUUUUAUGUUUAUUUUCUUUGCUCCAAUGAAACAAUAAAAAUUAAAUGUACUUUUAUUUUCUUUAACCUA